AUAAAUAUUAAUCUUCCCAGCAUUGGGUUUGAGGGUCUGCUUGAAGCCAAGCGAGUUUCCAAGAAGCCGUGUCUUGACGCCAAUUGAAAUAGAUGAAACAAAACUGAUAAAGAACUUUACAGCGGAACAUUAGAUUCUCAGGGUAAAUAGGUCAUACUGAUAAAACGGGUAAAACACGUGUGCAAACAAGACUGGGUGAUGGACAAUGAUGAAAUUGUGUCAAAGAACUGGUUAACAGAUUUUUUGUCGCAGGUUUGUAGGAUAUCCAAACCCAGGUGGCUAAUCCCACGCUUAAUUACGGUAGUAGUUAUCUACUUAAUAUGCAUGUACUCAUUCAUAACGCCGUUCAAGCUGGCAACGCCCGGUAAACACAUUGGACCCAAGUCCAGUGGCAAACAGAGGAUUGGGAAUUUGGCCAAUAAAACAGACGAGAGAAAUAAUCGGUUCACCGUCAAGCCUUCACUAUCACCAGGGGGGCUAACAACAAGGGACCCAGCUAGAGAAUUCAGCGGCAAGGUCACCAUAAAUUGGAUGGGUCGCAUCGGGAACAAUAUUUUCCAGUUUGCAAGCCUUUUCUGUAUUGCGUCUAUGAACAGUCUUGAGCCAUUUGUAGAGAAUGGCACUCUAUUUAAAAUGUUUACGAUAAAGGACCCUGUCAGAAUAGACACUAUUAAGCAAAAUGCAACUAGGUUGGUGCAGUUCGGGGAACGAAAGUCGUGCGGAUAUGAUAAUCGCGUUGAAAAGCUAAAGAAAAACGGAUUUGUGACACGACUUCAUGGUUAUUUCCAAUCCUGGAGAUAUUUUAACAAUUGUGAUGAGGCUUUAAGAAAGCAAUUAAUCUUUAAACAAGAUUUACGUGAGAAAGCUUCAGCUUUUUUAAAAAGGAUACCCGGGAAUCUCAAAAAGGAGAUAGUCUAUGUUGGAGUGCAUGUUCGUCGUGGGGAUAUGAUUAACCACCCCUAUGGUUAUCGGGUGGCAGAGGCUGGAUACUUUAGGAGAGCUAUGGACUUUUACCGAAAUAAAUUCAAAUACGUAAAAUUCAUCGCCUGCUCAGAUGAUGUUCACUGGACCAAAUCAGCACUGAAAAAUGUAAGUGGUGAUGUCACAUUCGUUGAGGGCAGUACACCGGAGCGUGACUUCGCUAUCUUGGCGCAUUGCAACCACACCAUAAUGUCUAUUGGAUCGUUCGGAUGGUGGGCUGGAUGGCUGGCGAAUGGAGAAGUGAUUUAUUUCCAAACACCGGCAAGGCCUGGUUCAAAAUUGGAUAAACAGUUCACAUAUACUGAUUAUUACCCUCCAACGUGGAGGCCGAUGACAUAAACAAAAUGCGACACAUCGUGAGAAACACGAAAGCACAGUGGCUAAGGGCGUUGCUUGAACAUUUCUAAUCAAUCGGGUGAACAAGCAAAAGUUAAUCGUCCGCUGCAUAAACAUUUGCCAGUGAUAAAAUUGUCACAAUAGUUUUUUUAAUUUUGAAACUCUGGAGAAAGGUAUGCUGUCGAUUUCAUCUGAGACCAUGUUCGCACGAACGUCCAAGUGACGGAUGAUAGUUUCAGAUGGGUGAGAGGAUGUGUCAGCCGCGUUCUUGUUCGGCGUCGGACUGGCUGCUCUUUAAAGUGAUUGCCUCGUUCAAACCACCUCGGUUCAACCUCCCACACUUUAGCAAAACUAAUGUUGAUACUUUGUUUCGAUCCGGCCGUGUGUACGUGACGCGGCACCUCCGAUGUUGUGGGGCUAGGGCGUCUAUGCUCAAGAAAUCAAGCUUUGAGAAAUCUUUCCGCUUCCCCGAUCUAUAAAGCCGGACCAUCCUCACACUCAAUGUGAUAUACUUGGCCCGUGACCUGAUGUACAAGUAACUGCCUCAGAGUGGUAGUGGACUUCAGAUAGGCCAGGAUAUUGUAGCCUUUGAAGAUUCUCUGUAGCUCCUCAGAGAAACCUUCGAUAAGGGGAUAACGACUGGGCAGCGUUUCUUCUUCGCACUCUCAGGUAAUGGCUGCAUUCAAGUAAGGCUGUUGUUCCGUCUCUUUGUAUUGCUUCGACUUGGGGUCUUUCAUGAUCCAACCCGGGUAGCCAUUGCUGACGUGUUGAAGCUCUAUCUCCUUGUCCUCUGGCUUGCUGACGAUUAAUACCACGCAGUGAACCAAGCCAGACAUGUCAGAAGAAGAAAGGUGAAGAUUUUCUAUCGAUCAAUAUUUUUCAUACCAAAAUAAAACCUUUUAACUUACUUUAAACAUUUUUGUACAUAUUUCUCUUCUUUUAUGAGGACAGUUAUGGGCGGUUAUUUCUGCAUAAAUAGAGGUUGUCUCAAAUAGACAUUUUAUGUCGUGUUAUGACUCGAAUAGACGUUUGGUGGCGCUCGUUUUAACGGAGACGUACCUGAAAUAGACAUAUUGUGUCGUAUCUCAAAUAGACAUACACUCAAAUAGACGUUUGGUGGCGCUCGUAUCUCAAAUAAACAUAUAUUAUUGUCGGGUUUUCAGCUUUUUGUUAAUAACUCAAAUAGACGUUUGGUGUCGCUUUCAAAUAGACAUGCACUCAAAUAGACGUUUGGUGGCGCUCGUAUCUCAAAUAAACAUAUAUUGUCGUGUUUUCAGCUUUUUGUGUAUAACUCAAAUAGACGUUUGGUGUCGCUUUUCCGCAAAAAUGGAAGUUCCCCAAAUAGACGUUGUGUCAAUCGGUAUCCUGAACUAUUUCACAAAAUAGUUGAAUGACGGUAAAGUGAUGGUGUCAUGGCAAUACGUUUUGCAAUGAUAGGCAGGUUUCGCAACCAAUACGAAAGACGAAGGACUGAGUAUGAUUGCCUGUGGUGUCAUCAUGAAGUCAUAUGUGCGAAUACAUUCACACGACACGUACUAAAUCGGUGUUCAUACUUAGCAGCAGAAGCAAUCAGAGAACCUUUGAAAAACAAUUCUAAAAUACCUUGGUACCGUAAAGUCAACUUUUAAAUGGAAAAUGCAUAAGCCUCGUUCUGAGAGUGGAGUGUUUUGGACACGCAACCAAGAUGCUCUACCAAAGUUCCCUCGGGAUGCACUAAAAUGUGGAACCAUGCACACAGCUCACUUCAGAAGUUUGAGGCUCUCAAAACACUGCUUCAAACACAAAUCAGCCAAGGAAGCAUCAACCACCCUAAGUUUUUUAAUGAGCACUACACAUAUUUGCUGAGAAAAACGCUCCAAAUAGCCCAUUUGCGCGGAUUUUAGCGUCACUUGAGCGAGCCGAUCCGGACUUCCUAUACGGGCUGCCGUAACAUAAUGUAAACAACGGCGCUACCGGCGCUCCGGGCAGGCGAUGGAUGGAAUUUGCCAAAUUUGCACAUAUUCAAGUUAUUUCGUGGCCUAUCUUUUUAAGUUUGAGGUAUUUUAGAAUAGAAAUUGAACCCUCGGCUUCGGACCUUGGUUGAGUUACCAAGACACUCUCGGGUGGA